AGGAGGAGGAGGAGGAGGAGGCUGAGGUCACCGCAAGUUACCGCGAAGCUUUGAUUUUUUUUUUUUCCUUCACAUUCCUCGCGAGGAAGCGGAGCUCUCUGUUUCGUUCCAUAUUGCUGUGCGUUCCCUGUUCUUUUCUUGGAGAGGAUGCCUAGACCUGGCCCGAGACCUUACGAAUGCGUUAGGAAAGCUUGGCACAGUGAGAGGCACCAACCCAUUAGAGGUUCUCUCAUCCAGGAAAUUUUUAGAGUCGUGAACGAGGUUCAUAGCUCGUCUACGAAGAAGAACAAAGAAUGGCAAGAGAAGCUUCCUGUUGUUGCCCUGAAAGCUGAAGAAAUCAUGUACUCCAAAGCUAAUUCCGAGGCAGAGUACAUGGAUCUUGAAACGCUUCUGGAGCGUACAAACGAUGCUAUCAACACAAUAAUCAGACUUGAUGAGAGUGCAGAAACUGGAGAGCUACUUCAGCCAUGCAUUGAAGCGGCCCUUACUCUCGGCUGCACUCCGAGAAGAGCCUCGAGGAGCCAAAGGAACAAUAGCCCUCAGCGAUAUCUGAGAGCGAAUUCUCAAGAACAGACCGGUGAUCCUCAUGCCAUUAUGGAGAAGUCUAGUCCAGGAAAUCAGACUAUUACUUCAGACCCGGUUUUGUUGUAUCUGAAUCAUUCGAGAUUUGAGCCUAUUAAUUCAGCUAAACCGAACUACACAUCUUUUAACCGUACUUUGAACCAGGCGUCACCCACCCAAGCUCACACUGCAUCGAAAUCGUACUCGGUUUAUCCCUUGUAUUAUCACGGCAGUCGCCCCCAAACCGAAAGAAAUCUAUCCCAUUUCGGAGCAGUGUGCUCCCAGUCCAACACCGUGGGAAAUUUUCAAAGCUACCCAGUUGAAAACUUAGAUGCAUCAGCUAUAUUCAAGCCGCCUCCUGAGAUUGGUUGCGAUCUGUCUUUGCGAUUGGGCCCUCAUUUGGCCGAUGGCAUUGGUGCCAAAAGAAGUCAGCCUCGAGAGAUUGUAGAUGUGGGCCGCGAUAGUGCUCGGGAAGUGAACAUAUUUUGUGACCAAAGACGGGGAAGAGAUUGCAAACUCCCAUUCUUACGCUGGGAAAAUGCAGAUCAUCCGUCUACCAUGUUCUUGACCAAGAGGAGUUUCCAGCUUGAGCAAUCGAAAGUUGACCAGCCUGUGAGAAAGAAGAGUGCUCUCUGUGGUUAUUAUGUGGAGGAUCACCAGUGUUGUUGGCAACCAAAGCAUCCGCCGCCCAAGCAUAAGGAUGAAACAUUGAGAAGCUCAGGUUUGUAGAUUGACCAUUCUCGGUGUAUGUGGCUUAAAUCUUCUGUGAAGAGCUAGCUUAACAUGUAGUGGCAAAUGAACCCGCUAGUUUCCGUAGGAUCGGCAGUGCUAAUGUGUAAGCCGAACUUAUAGUGUUUCGGUAAGCUCCUGACUAAGCAUAUGGUUGUACAAAAUUAGCAUGCAUUAGCUAUGCAACUUCAGUGAACAAAUCUGAUGGAACGACUUCUGAUGA